UCUUGCCCAUUUCUGGUUAGCAAAGCUGCAAAGUAGCAUAGCAGCCAUCGUCAGUUGGACUACUAUAUACUAUGGCACAGGCGGCGCAGGCGACUGUCUUCGACGCAAGCAACUCUCAGAUACAAGUGGAACACGAUAAAAAGCGUCGGCAGUUUGUCAUAAGACUAAAUGGAUCUCAUGAUCGUGCAGUCCUUCUGUAUGAAUACGUUGGGAAGAAGACGGUGGACUUGCAACACACUGAAGUUCCAGAUGCUUACAGAGGUAGAGGAAUAGCAAAGCACCUGGCCAAGGCAGCCAUGGAUUUUGUGGUGGAAGAGGAUCUGAAAGCUCACUUGACCUGCUGGUACAUUCAGAAAUACGUCAAAGAGAAUCCUCAACCUCAGUACUUUGAACAUAUUUAUCAAUGACCAUACAUGGCUCUGACAGAGAGGAGAAGGAGAAAGAGACUCCCGGGGAAUAAAUACUGUGUGACACCUUGCUGUGGAGUUACAGGUGACGUACAACAGAAGACCCGUCAGGCUUUGUUAAACAUGACAUUGAGUGGCUCCAGAGACGACUGAUCUCACGGCACAGACGUCCGUGAGCCGAUUGUUGGGUCUUCGGGUCGGUAACACGGGAUUACGCCAGAAACAGGAAGUGAAUCAGCUGGUCACCACUCGUAACAACAUGAGCAAAUAAAUUAACCUCAGACGGAAACGUUCAGGAUGCAUACUCUUCACUGAUUGGAAGCAAAGGUCAGGCCUGUGAUGGGCACAGAUGUGAGUCAAAUCUUAUAAUAGUUUUUAUUGUCCUCCUUUGGACUCGUUGGAUGUGAGCAGCUCUCCUUGAGGAACGACCCAGCUGUCUUUCUCUAUGAUGGGGAUGGCGGCGUUUCUGAUGCUCAAACAGGAAUGAAUUUUACAUUUCGACCCUCUUCUGAUAUUCUUUUGUUUUUAUUAUUGUUCCAUUUGCCUUUGUCUUCUUGCGUAGAAAUAUUUUCUUCAGGCUGAAAUGCUAAUUUGAUGAGUUGUGAAUGCUAAACUAAUAUUUAAAACAACUUGGUCAAAAGAGGAAGAGAUUGCAGAGAGGUAUAGGCAUUAAUUUAAUGGGUACUGGGCAGUUAAAUAAAUUAAAUAUAAUCUUUCUUUUAAAUUGAUUUCCCCAAAAUCUAAAUUUUGUUCCACUGUUACUCUAUCCACUCCCACUCUGUCAAGUAACAUAAGUGUACCGUUCUUCAUUGGAGUCGUACAUUGAUCAGUCAAAGAUGCAGGGAUUUGUAAACCAAAGAACACAAACUGAGGAUGUCCAACUUUGAAGACAAAGCUCAUGCAUGUGUUAAAUAUUACAGACACAUGUGAUAAAUUGGGUCUGAAGCUUGUCCCUGUGUGGUACAACACUUCAAUGUGGAUAUGGAUUCAUAUAUCUGACCAAAACCAGCAUUUUAAAAAACAGCACUGUUAUUUUCAGGGCAUUUACAUCGUAUAGCGUCCAUUGUCCUCAGUAAAAUAACACUGGAUGGCCGGAUCUUAUACGCUUGUUUUCUUCUUGUCAUUUGAUCUGUUUUUGUUGUUGUUUUUGUUUUUGUAAACCCACAUGACUACUUUCACCAGCUGAUGCAAACACGAUGAAGGUCAUCAUGGAUGUUUUUACUCGUAAAACAAAACCAAACCCUUUCUUGGCUCUUCAGGAGCUUUUGCUGUUGACAAUCUUUAGUGUUGAGGAGAAAACAACCUCAGGUUGCUCAACACUGGCAGGACACACAACCUGCAUUGCAGACUCUCUUAAACUACUUUAAUCACCUAGAAUUAAUUGCAGGAAACCAUAUUUCUUUUUGUAAAACAUUCCUUUAGGUUACACACUCCUAUUGAUAGACCCAGAAAUCCAAUGACUUAUUUCAUUUAUGUUUAUAUUUGUGUACCAAUUCUUGUCAUAUUGUUUUGUGCUUUUUACUUUUUUUCCAUUCUUGUUGUCUAUUAAUAAAUAAAACAAUACUCAUUA